AAUAGAUAGUAGCAAUAUAAUAAUGAAAAUAAAUUGCAAAGAAGUAUAAAAAAAAGAGGCAAUUGUCCAACCAGCACAACUGCCUUUUUCCCAUUUCUCUCUCUUCCAACUCAAACUACUUUCAUGGAGGCCCCACCACACUCUGCUGCUCCGCCAAUUUCCACCACCACCACCGCAACCCCGGCGCUUUACGCGGCCUCUGUCGGCUCCUCCCCUCGCACUCGCCACACCGGCUCGUAUAACGCCGACCCUCCGCCGCCGAAGCUCCGCCUCAUGUGCAGCUACGGCGGCCACGUGGUCCCCCGCCCGCACGACAAGACUCUCUGCUACGUCGGAGGAGACACCCGGAUCAUCGCCGUCGACCGCCACACCUCACUUUCCGAAUUCAACCGCCGCCUCUCGAAGAUCCUCCUCGACAAUCAGCCCUUCUCCCUGAAAUACCAACUCCCCGACGAGGAUUUGGAUUCCCUAAUCUCGGUCACCGCCGACGAGGAUUUCGAGAACAUGGUGGAUGAAUACGACCGCCUCAGUGACGGCGGCGGCGGCGGUGGCCGGGCGAAGCACGGCCGCCUCCGCCUCUUCUUGUUCCCGAAAUCACCGUCGAGUGUUAAAUCGGAGGGGUGGUUUUUCAACGCUCUCAAUUGGAAGGCGGGCUCUGGUAGUGAUCGUGGGUUUUCAGAGUCGUCGUCGGUCAAUUGUCUACUGGGGUUGGAUGAUGAUUUUUUCGUAAAGGCGGCGGCGGCGGCCGCCGUCGUGGAGAAAGAUGCCGAACCCCUAACGGAGGGAUCAAAGUCCGUUGGUACUGGAAACGGAGUUUUUAACGGCGGUUACGUUGGCAAUCAGGAUGUACACUCGGUGCGGGGUUCUCCGCUGCCGGAAACGUCGUCGUCUUCCUCAGGUUCCGCUUCCGGCUCUCCGUCCGAUCCGAAGAUCGGAGGUUCGGGAAUUGAGGAGCAAUUUCAGCAGAUGAGUGUUGGUGUUGCCGGAAAUGCCAAUUCGCCGCUACAGCCGAAGCAGGAAGAUGCUAGGGUUUUUACGGCCGGCGGCGGCGUCGCGGCUGGGAGUGGGACGGUGGUCUCUGGGCUGACGGCGGUGGUUGCUGGUGAGUAUGCUGCUGCUAAUCGAGGGUCUUCCGACGAUGAGAGAUCCGAUCACGGCGGUUACAUACAGGUACAACAAAUUCAGCCGCAGGUACAACCACCCCAAUUUCAGCAGAAUCAAAUCAGUGCUUCUGAUUUGCCUUCCCCAGAUUCAGUUUCAAGUGAAGAAAUUACAAAAAACCCACAAUCCAAGCAGAUACAAGCUACUUAUCAAGAACCACUAAUCCAGUCGACAAACGGUCCGAUUACCCCUAAUCACGUUCUCGAUCCAAAGAUUACUGAUCAAAACAACCUCCAUAUGCAUCCGCAGUUUCAAGAAUCGAGUUACGUAUUAUCCGCCCAAUACGAUCAAACUCACAUCACCCCGCAACAGUUCAUCCACACCAAUAACCAAUACAUCCCAGCUGUACCGAUCGCUUCGUAUUACCCAAUAUACCCUUCUCAAGAACAACACCAGCCCAUGCUCGAUAAUCAGUACCCAAUGUACUACAUAUCCAACAGACAAGCCCCUCAAUCAAGAAACGCACCCGAGAUCGGCGUCGGUCUUUAUCGAACCACAACCACAGCUGCAGGUGUGCAGUACGUCGGCUACAGUCAAAUCCACCACCCUUCUUCCGCACCAGUUAAUCCCGGUUACGGUUACGAAUACGCCGAGCCGACUACUAACCACGGUCCAAUGUACUACACCCCUUUGCCACAUCAGCUAGCUGCUGCUAAAUACCAGACCGCCGUGGCAGCGGGCCCCACUGUUGCUGUAUUACCAGAUGCAUCUGCUCCGCAAGCUAGGUCGAACGAACAAUUUUAAAGCAGCGAGUUUGGUUUUAUGGUUUCCAUCUUCGAUUAUUAAUAUUGGUAAUAUGAUAUAAUUGUAAUAGGCAAUAAGGUGAUCUGGUUUCUGAUAUCAUAUACUGUAGAGUUUCGAGCUCGGGGUUUACAUGGUCACAGUCUAUAUAGAUAUACAAUAUCGGUGUAAGUCUUUUGUAAUAUAAGAAAUGCGGUUACGAAUUUCCGGGAAAAUGUUUUUUAUGUUUUCUUUUGCUUCGAUGAAUUUAAUUCGAUAUGUAUGCAGCUUUACUUUUA